CAUAGCGACGACAAGAAGUCUGGAUUUUUUCUCUCUCCCUCGCUGCCAUUUGGUUUCAUUUCAGAGACCGCGGAAGCUGGGAGCAUCUUGGGGGGGGGGGAGUGGGCUGUCGUUCUAUGGAAGCUGAUUUCCCCCUUUCCAGCAUCAUGCCUUGCCAGAACUCUCAACAGCAGCACCUCAACAACUCCGAGCGGAACCACACGCUGCCCAAGCAAGUGAGGUUCGCAGCCAGCGUGGGGCCUGAGCCGCUGGGAGCGCAGCUCAAGCUGCUGCCCAUGAACGAUCAGAUCAGGGAGCUACAGACGAUCAUCAGAGACAAAACAACGAGCAGAGGAGACUUUGUGUUCUGUGCUGAUCGCUUGAUUAGACUCGUUGUCGAAGAAGGAUUGAACCAGCUACCGUACACUGAAUGCACAGUUACAACCCCAACAGGCCAUAAAUAUGAUGGAGUGAAGUUUGAGAAGGGAAACUGCGGUGUUAGUAUUAUGAGAAGUGGUGAAGCCAUGGAGCAAGGUUUACGAGAUUGUUGUCGAUCAAUACGCAUUGGAAAAAUCCUAAUCCAAAGUGAUGAAGAGACGCAGAGAGCAAAGGUCUACUAUGCAAAAUUCCCACCAGACAUCUACCGCAGGAAAGUGCUUCUAAUGUACCCGAUACUGAGUACAGGCAACACAGUUAUAGAAGCUGUGAAGGUUCUGAUUGAGCACGGAGUGCAGCCAAACCAUAUAAUCCUACUCAGUCUUUUUUCAACUCCACAUGGUGCAAAAUCAAUAAUAGAAGAAUUCCCUGAGAUCACAAUUUUAGCCACAGAGGUCCAUCCAGUGGCACCCACCCACUUUGGACAGAAGUAUUUCGGCACGGAUUGAAACCAGGAUAGGAUCCAAGUGAAAUCUUUGAAUACAUCGCUGCUUCCAUGGAUAAAGGCCUAGUUUUAUCAUAGUAGUGUGUUUCCCUGACCAGCUCCCCACCACCCCCCCGUGGCAAGACGAAAUGACAAGCCUAAAAUAGACAUCUAAGAACACUUGAUCUGAUUUUUUUUUGCCUUAAGUUCUUUUCUCCGUUAUUUUUAAUGAGAGGACGUCUAUUCUCAAAAGCACAUUCCAAUUCCAUCGGUUGUUUGCCCUGUGCUUGCAUGUGUACUUGCCAUUUAUUCAUUUUAGCAUAUUUAUUGUUUGCAAUUAGAGGCAGUGCCUAACUGUAAAUUAUACUAUAUUAA